AUGAGAAAGGCCAGGACGGGGCACAGGCUGUCCGGCCCCCUGUUGGUAGUGGCCUUAUUGGUGCUGAACUGGGUCACCGAGGAGAACCGGAUGCUCAUAUGCAGCCCCGAAGGAAAAUCCCCUCGGCAAUGUCUGAAGGAAGGAAACUGCAGAGCUUUGAAAAAUUCAUUUUUUGAAUGUAAAAGAUCAAUGUUGGAUGCCAGAUCAAGAUUCAGAGGAAGAAAAGGAUAUUGAUAACUAUUAUGUUGAAACCAAGAUGAAUACAACAAGGAUUUCCUCUGGUCAUUAAAACACAGAAACCAAAGUUGGAAACAUAUUUUUUCCUACACCUGUUUGGUUGGACCUGGAGCCCUGGAGAGAAUGCAUGAUUUCUGUUUUUUAAUAUCUAUAAAUAAUUUUAUUGUUCUGAGUUAUUUUUAGAAGAAAAAUGUAAUUGACCAGUUAUGAGCAAGGGAGCAUAAUAAAUGCGUUUUAAAAAUGGU